CAGAAAGGGACUGCCCGUUUUCAUCUCUCCUGAUAUCCUUCCAUCUCUUCCUUCACCCGAUUCUCAUCUCCUUCAAACGAGUCCUCUUCACUUAACUGUGAUCAGUUUUCAUACUCCGACAAGAAGAGGGCAAAGUUUAUGGACCCGAAUCGUCUCGAAAACCUGCAUGACAACUGUUUCUCCUGUGUUAUGGGUUUGAUUGGUUUUGCAAGCAAUGUUGUAAAUGCGGGCUCUCAAGGUCACAGGCAUUAGGCAACACCAUUACCAUCUGGGCAUCUGCACAGAAUGACAGUGAUGGUGGCACCGUAUUACCAUGAAAUCGUUAUGGAUAGAAUUGUUCCUUUAAGUUUAGCCUGAACUGGACACUAAAGUUGCUACCCCUGCUUUUGGUUCAAAUUCUAAUAGCGAUGAAGCAAAUCCUUUAUGCUGUAAGUCUUUUGGACUGUCCUUCUCUAAAAGCUAUUUCAAAAAUUGGAGGUUUGCACCAGAUGCUAGGAUUGCAUGGGUAUAGCUUUGCAGCUGUUCCUAGAGAUUCUCUUCUUUGCCUUCCCAAUUGUGAUGGCACCAACAAAAUUGGAGCUUCCUUUGAGACACCUUGUGGUCGAAUGUUGAUAAAAUCUGCGGAGUAUAUGAAGAUGAUUUCAUCAUUGAAGCCAAAUAUAUGGGCUAGUUUGGCAGAUGAAGUGCCUGCAUGGACUUCUGAAAAGAGAAAUAGGACUUCAGUGGAUCGGACUGUGCAAUGGCUUGAUGACUGCAUUGCCUUAGAUCCGGCAGAUGGAGGAGCUGUUUUCGGUGCCAUUGUUGGRGGUUCUAGUGUAGGAGAACGCAGCCGUUGUGCUCAAGAAGUAUCAAGGCGGAAUGUAUCAGGAUACUGGAUUGGUGGCUUUGGGCUUGGAGAGAGUAUGGAUGAGCGGCCUGCUCUCCUUAAUGCAGUUACUGAUGUCUUGCCAGAGGAAAAGCCUCGCCAAAUUUGUGGGAUUGGACUUCCAGAGGAGGUCCUGCAGGGUGUUGCUGCUGGUAUUGAUCUCUUUGACUCUACGUAUAUUUACCAUCUUACGCUUGGUGGUUUUGCAUUGACAUUCCAAAUGGAUAGAAGUAAGGAACAUGUCCCCAGUUACCAGCUAAGCAAAAUAGGUAGUGACAAUGCAAAGAUAAACUUGCGAGCAACAAUUUACAGGAAGGAUACAUCUCCCAUUGUCGAUGGCUGUAGCUGUUACACAUGCCAAAAUCACACAAGAGCAUACAUCAAUCACCUGCUGAAUGUUCAUGAAAUGCUUGCACAAAUUCUUCUAGAGAUUCACAACACUCACCAUUAUCUGGGCUUCUUCCGGUUGAUAAGAGAAGCCAUCAAGGAAGGCAAGUUUGAGCUGUUCUGUCAAAAAUUUAUCCAAACUAGGAGGGGACAUUUAGUGGAAGCUGCUGUAUGUGCCUGAUUAAAAUUAACCCAGUUGUCAGAAGACAAAAUGUUGGUGCAAACUUUCAUUUAUUUUACCAUAGUGAUAUUGCGAUGCAUAUGUGAUGCAUGUGCCUGCUAAUGGAUGGUCUAACUUGGGGUUCUCCAAUGUACACAAACAAUUCAUUAGAUGAUUCAUUGUAUCAAAUUUUAUAUAAUCAAAUGUGAUAGAUCGGAUAGUUAGACAUA